CUUAUGUAACUGUUCUUCAUAUUCAUGUAUUGAUUAAAUAAAUAAAUAAACUGUCUAUAAUCUCACGUAUGUCGCCGAGACAGUUCUGUUGUUGUCAACUGGAAGUGUGUGAAAAUGUGAACCGUGGUAUAACUAACACUAAACCCCUGGUGGGUUGGAAUAGCAAAACGCGUUCACACUUUACGUGUCUUUUGGAAAUGUUUGAGUAUGUGGUGUGCAGUAAGUACCAUGAGCUGCAUAUGAAUAGCCUACAUGUGUAUAAAUACACUGAAUACUUUCGAGAACUGAGAAUAUGACUCAAUAUAAAGCCCUCUGUUGUAGAACAUUUGUGGGGAUUUUAAAAACAGCAACAACCUUUUCUCGACCAGGAUGGGCGUCCUCUCCUGAACAAAAUGCAUGCCAUAAAUAGCAGGGGCUUGGCGCUAGGCUCUGGGAAACUCCACACUGAAGGAGAAAUGGCUACCGGUUUGCCAAUAACACAACAAAUCUGCAGCUCUGUACCUCCGACUUCUUCAGCCACAUCUGCUGUUCCCAUUGCCGAGGUAGAGGAUUGUCUCAUCUAUGAUCGAAACGGGCUUCGAUUAACCUUCAAGAGCUUAUAUCAAACCCACAAAGCUAUCAUUAUUUUUGUGAGGCAUUUUUUGUGCUUCACAUGUCAGGAAUAUGUUGAAGACCUAAGCAAAAUACCACAGGAAAUACUAUUGGAUGCUGAUGUCCGACUUAUUGUCAUUGGGCAAUCAGGCUUUUCCCAUAUAGAGGCAUUCUGCUCGCUGACAGGCUAUCAACAUGAAAUUUAUGUUGAUCCAGAGCGACAUAUUUAUAAGAAACUAGGGAUGAAAAGAGGGGAGAUCUAUGAGGAAACAGCCUCUCAAAGCCCACAUGUGAAAUCCAGCAUGCUUGUUGGCAGUAUAAAGAGCAUGUGGCGUGCCAUGACCAGUCCUGCCUUUGAUUUUCAAGGAGAUCCUCUCCAGCAAGGAGGAGCACUCAUCAUUGGCCCAGGCCCCAACAUUCAUGUUGCACAUUUUGACAUGAAUCGAUUUAACCAUAUGCCAAUCAAUGGGUUGCUUCAGCUGGCUGGAAUGCAGGUGGUUGACUUUAACAGACAUGCCAAGAUUAUUGACGUAUGAGAAAGGCACCCACCGUUUCACUUUAGAUUUGCACUCGGCUUUUAAACAGGGUUUUAAAAAGCACCUCUUUGUUGGAACAUGUUCAUAAAGGAGACAUAACAGCAUAUCUACCGAGAUCUGAGGAGACAUCUUUGAUUUAUAAUCUCAGAUAACCCAAUAUCAUUUCAAAAAUGAACUGACCCUGGUAUUAGAAUAGCUAAUGCAGAAUGGGUUGUACAGUUGUGCGGAUAAAAGACCUAAAGAAGCAAGCACAAAAUUUCCUCCAGCCUCCUUCUAACCAGACCAUGAAUAAUGCCAUUUCAGCAGGACUUCUUCCCGGUUCUGCAUAUAUGUAUGGUUAUGUAGCACAAGUUUAAAUAACCUGUACAUUCCUUUGUAUCUGCUUAUUUUUGUCUGACAGAAAUAUGCCAUGUUUGUGAAAGAUUACAAAGUUUCUUUGCAAAACCUUGAACAUUUUGAUUUUUUCUCACAGCCAUAAAAGAAUUGUUGAUAUGCAUUCAUAAUGAAGAUUGACAGCUUUAAAUUGUUUUGUUUUUUUGUACACAUAUACACAAGAUGGACAAACAAUGUAGUUGUGUUUUAAUAUAAGUGGCAGUAAGUGUUGUGUUGUGCUGUGCCUGAUAACACUUGAACCUGUGCAUUGAAUACACAAGUCGAUGUUGA